AACGCUACCAGUAUCGAGGCCGCCAUGUCCUUCCUCACGACCCCGAGCUGGGGCCUGAAGCGUCGAGGCGACGCCAGCGCAGUCACGGACGCGCCGCCCAACAAGAAACAUAUCUCGGAGCUUUUGGCCGCAGGAGAGGACGUCAGCACGGUCGGGAAGUUGUUCGUGGUCCUCACGAAGUUGUCGCUCAUGAGCGCUGCGGGUAUUCGAGAGAUCAUUGGAAUGUUGUGGAACACCGUUCUCGUGGACGUCAAGGGCAGCGUCGCCAAGCACAUGCUCGAGCAGGGUCGCGUCCACCACGACGCCACCCAAACCGCCAAGAACGACACAGCAGCUCUCGAUGCCCUGGGGCCACCCUACGCGCACGUCUUCGCAGGUCUCAUGCAGGGCGUCGCGGAGUACAACUUGGAAGACUCCAUGAAGGUGUUGCUGGCUUCGUUCUGGGAGAAGCAGGCGGUCAAGGAAGGUCUCGUGAAGGUCACGAUUGCGACGAGCGCCGUGUCCUUCACCCUUCAUAGUUACUUGGUCAAGGCAUUGGCGUCGAACGGCGGGGUUCUCAAGCACGGGCCCGCCCCCCGCGGCCCAUUGGAGAGGGCGGCGCAGGAGCCAUUAGAGGAGCUCGAGGGUGGCAAGUCCAACAAGGACAAGGGCAAGGGGAAAGUCAA